AGAAUUCAUGCUCGGAAAUGUGCCUCUCUGAGUACAGAAAAGCCCUCAUGAAGGGUACUUGUGCCAAUUGUGACAAUGUUAUCCGGUCAACACCAGUCAAAUGUGAGACAUCUUCCGGUCGUCGGCGUGAACUCUGCAGCAAUGAGUGCCUUAAGGCCUGGGCCAAGAAGGAAAAGGAAAAAGAACAGGUGGAGGCUGAAGAGGAAGUAGGCGUCGCUUCGUCGUCCUUCUCUUCUAUAACCACCCCUCCGUCAAGCAUGUCGCCCUCAUCUGGGAAUGGAGUGUCUCCCUGCGAUAAACCUCUUGGCAUGGAAACGGCUGCGGGUAGGAAAGGUAGAUUGGAGGCUGUUUGCUAGUGUGAAAGUUGCAAGUGAUGAUCAGCUGAUUAUACAGUAGGUAAGAACUGCUGGAUCUUGCUGGUCAGAGGUGUGAAUGGUUGAAGCUUUCAUGCUUGUCAAGUUGGUGUUGAUAUGUUCCUGAAUAAGUUUUAAGGAUUAUUACUGGUUAUGCUGGAUUUUUUUAGUAUCAUACUAUAGUGAGCCCAUUUGUGAAAUAACUAAGAACAUAAAAAAUAUGUUGAGCCUAGAAAGUCUAUCCAAACCCGGGUAGAUAGAUUUGACUUUUUGCAAAAUUCGGCAUUGUCAUGCAAACAUUCCAAUAGUUAAUUAUACAUAAUUUUGUUUAAAAGAUUUUACUGGGACUUUAAACAUCAGUUAAGUAUUGCAUUAAAAUGUAGCAGCAUAACCAGCUCCUCUUGUUCACAAUGUGAACUUUGGUAAUGACUCUUGGUGAAUAGUUUUU